GAUGCUUAAAUGUUAGCAGAAUUACAAACAGGUCUAUGUUUUUAGGGUCUAGGGAAGAAAUGGAGAUUUUAUUGCUUCUCACUAACUGGUGAAGGCAACAGUGUUAUAAAUGGCAAAAAGUUAUGUGGGGGGUGGUGAACUUUGUAGCAUUCAUAAGGAAUGUGUGGACUGGCCAGUUCAAGAGUUGAUUUAAGAUGCUUUGAAACUGUAAUUGACAGAUUUACUACCUUUCAAAUGAGAGUGCUUCUAGAUAUAAGUCAAGUCACAUAAAAAAUCAUCUUAUGAGUUUUUUUUGCAUUAAGUGUUGACAGUUGGGCAAUGGGGAAAAUGAAGAAUUGUGUUGAUACUAAGGAAAUGAAAAUUCAUCUGUUUUGUUUCCUGUCCUGUUGGUGAGACUGGGAAAGGAGAAGCGUGUUCCCUAAAGAUAGAGGCUGGUUUCUCUGCUUCUACACCUAGCUCAUUUCCCAGCGCACCUGGCUGGCUGAGUGACUGGUUGAUUCUCAGGCAGUACUGACGCUCCCCUUUUGGUAUGGGAGGGGUUUUUUGUGGUUUUGUUUUAAGCUAUUCUUUGAUGAUUGAGUUAUGGAUUGAAAGGAAUAUGUUUAAAGGUUAUGAUUCUGAUGAAAUACCUUAUUUUUUGUAGGUAGGAAGUCAGAGUACCAGUGAAGAGAUAUUACCAAAUAGAAAGAAGUAUGUCCAUAAAGAUUUCUUUUUCUACUCUUUGAAAAGUAACUUCAAUUUCUAGGCUCACCUUUGUUUAACCAAACUUGUUUAGGAAAAUCAGAUAAAUCAAAAAUAGAUAACACUAUGUGCUUCAGUAUUUGAUAUUGCUGGUAAUUCCAUGCUAACCUGAUGAGUGUCGAUCUGUGUUAAACCAUAUUUCUGAAAGAUAAAUGUUUCAAUUUUAAGGGUUGAUAAAAAUUUAAAAGCCAGACGUAUAGAUAAUUUUUAGAAAAUAUUCCUAAUGUUCCUGUUCCCUUUCUUCAAGUGAGCUCUUAAAAAGCUAAUUGCUGAACUGUAACAGGUUAUAAACAGUCUAUCAUGUGUUAAAGUGGAUCUGAUUCAAAACCCCAAGUCUGUCUCUGAAAAACUUCCUUUUUUCAAAACCACAGGUGGUUUCUGAAGGUUUCAUAGUAUAUGGCUUUUAGAGUGUUGAGUAGAGUACCUGUAAGUAGAUUCCCCAAGUUCUGUUGAAAGGCACCUAAUGCAGAUAACAUAAAUUAAUAACUGGGAUUCUGUUUGGGUUAUGUAUGUUGUAAAAUGCACAAAUCAGUGGGUUUGUCUUUAGUCACCUUAUUCUCAUUUGGGGUUGAUGGAAAUGAAGUAAGGACCAAGUAAACGACUUUUUUUCAGGUGCAAAUUCGACCAUGGAACCUAAGUGACAGUGACUUUGUAAUGGAUGGUUCUCAGCCUUUGGACCCCAGAAAAACUAUCUUUGUUGGGGGAGUUCCACGACCCCUUCGAGCUGUUGAAUUGGCAAUGAUCAUGGACCGUUUGUACGGUGGUGUCUGCUAUGCUGGCAUCGAUACGGACCCAGAGCUGAAGUACCCCAAAGGUGCUGGCCGUGUGGCGUUCUCCAAUCAGCAGAGUUACAUUGCAGCCAUCAGUGCUCGCUUUGUGCAGCUCCAACACAACGACAUUGACAAACGGGUGAGCAACCACUCGGGGUAUGAUUGCUAUGGGAAAGAAAUGAAGUUUAUUUUCUGGGCCCCCAGGGAGAAAAGCACCUCAUGAUCAUAAGUGAGCAGCUCUACCUUACAUGGUAUCAGUCCCUGAGUCCCUCUAGACUGCCUGAAAAAAAGAGUACCCACGGUAUUUCAGGCGUUAAUGAACCUUCUGCCUCACCCAUCCCCAGGGUGAUAUUACACUUAUGGAAAUAACCCUGCAGAAUUUAGCAUACCCGACUGGUGCUGUUUAAAAGAUGAUGCCAACAGCACAUUAACAAAGGUUGCAAGCUGGUGACCUGUUUGACCCAUAUGGUGCUCUUAAAACAAGUAAGUUUGGACUCACAUUUAAUGUUAAUGUUCAUGAGUAUACAUAAAAUUUUGAACUUCUGAUUUCUCUUAAAAUUGCAAGAUCGCACAUGAUUGCAAUCAUUGGAGCCAAAUAACUGCUGUCUGUUUCAGUUCCCUCCAAUUCCCUGUAGUCCUCCAGUUCCCUUUCGUCCCAUUCUUUAAAAACACGC